AUAUCUGGAAACGAAAUGCAUGGUAAUGCCAUCGGCGGCAGCUGUCACCGGCGAUUGUUUGUUUGGUUAGGAAGGCGACGGUAAUAGUAUUCGCGGCUUGUUUUCGAGUUUAGAAUAUCGUAGACAUAGAUACUACUCCACAAUGAAACUAGUAAGGUUUUUGAUGAAACUCAGUCACGAAACUGUGACAAUUGAACUGAAAAACGGCACCCAAGUGCACGGAACAAUCACUGGAGUCGACGUGGCCAUGAAUACACACUUGAAAGCAGUGAAAAUGACCAUAAAGAACCGCGAUCCCGUCCAGUUGGAGUCGCUGAGCAUACGCGGUAACAACAUUCGAUACUACAUUCUGCCGGACAGUCUCCCGCUCGAGACGCUGUUGAUCGACGACACACCCAAGUCGAAAGCAAAGAAGAAAGACGCCGCCCGUGGAGGACCCAGGGGACGGGGCAGAGGCACGCGUGGACGUGGCGGGCCCCGAGGCAGAGGUUCCCGCGGCCGCGGACGACGCUAACACUCCAGUUCCCUCACUUUGUGUACAUCUAGCCUUUAAGACCACUGUCGAAGCGAACAGAAAUUAAAUUAAACUGAAUUGCCUAAGUGUAAA